UAAAAUAUAAUGUAUAUUUUACAGUCAAUGAGUGUAACCCCUCCAAAGAACCACAGCAGCAGAACCCGAGGGGCCAAACUGGCGCGAGCCUGUCGGUUCUCUGUUCUAUUUAUAACCCAUCGUUGUCCAAACGAGGCCGAAAAGAUAAGCGUGCAGCAGCAGGAAAAGGCCACACUUUGCUUUUAUGUUUCAGCAUGUUUGCCCUUUGUCUUCAUGAAAGUUAAACAGAGGCGGAGGGGGUUUGCUAACUUGUAACAUAAUGGCCUAAAAAGGGUGAGCGGCCCCUUUAAGAAACUCAAAACAAUCGUCUACUUCCGGUUUGGCUAAUGAGAAAACGAAACGACAACAAAUAGUUGAAAUAAAUAAAAACGUAUGUUUCUCUAAUUUCAUUUAAGCCCAUUUCCCCCCUCGUUUACAUUUAUAUUUAUUCAAUUGAUUUUUAAGUCCUCUCGUAAUUCAAGGCUAUGGCGGGAGCGAAAAGAAAGAUGCUAGCUUUAGCCGUUUCUCCUGGACGGUCCGAAUCUGCGAAUAAACCCCCAAACCAAACGCAAUUAAAACGCAAAGCUUCGCCCGCCAAGCUGAAAAAGUUGUUUGUGAGUGACAAUGUUCAAAAUGUGGUGUCGGAACGAAGCCAGUAUUUUACCAGAGAGCCGCAGCACAGACUGGGAGAGGAUUUUUUCCACCAGCCAUGCAUCAGUUUGGCUAAAGCACUCCUCGGGAAGGUUCUGGUCCGCAGGUGUUCAGAUGGCACAGAACUACGGGGCAGAAUCGUGGAAACCGAAUCCUACCUUGGAGGGGAAGACAAGGCCUCCCACUCAGCUGGAGGCAGACGCACUGACAGGAACUUAGCCAUGUUUAUGAAGCCGGGAACCAUUUACGUCUAUCCCAUCUAUGGGAUCUACCUCUGUAUGAACAUCUCCAGUGAAGGGGAAGGAGCCGCUGUGCUGCUACGCUCUUUGGAGCCUCUGCACGGUCUGCCCGUCAUGCGGGAGCUGAGGGCAGCCAGACGCAAAGAGAGCGCCCGCCAGUUAAAAGACAAAGAGCUCUGCAACGGGCCCUCAAAGCUGUGCCAGGCUCUAAAUAUACCCCGCUGCUUUGACCGGCGAGAUCUAGCCUCAGAUCCAGAAGUGUGGUUAGAGAGGGAUCCGGACGAAAGUCCGAUAAAAUACCAGGAUAUAGUGUCAGCGCCGCGCAUCGGGAUCGAGUCCCACGGGGAGUGGGCUAAGAAGCCACUGCGGUUUUAUCUCCGUGGACAUCCUUGUGUCAGUGUUGUGAAUAAAGCAGCAGAAGUUCAGUCUGGAAAUGCCGUGAAGGAUUUAGGACCCUCAGAAGUCCAGUCUGGGACAGAACGGCCAAACCGGACUAAUCCUCAAACUACGCUUCCAGGUGUUUCAAUUUGAAGCCGGUUUUUAAAAUCACUUUUCAUCGUAAACGUGUAAAAGUCAAGAUGAUGAAGUCUAAAGGAAACUUUAAAUUUUACGUUCCAAAACCUUGAUUCUAAAACUACAGAAAGUAAUAGAUUACAAUAAAAAAUUGGACAAAUCUCAA